GACUUUACCACCCGUCAUGUGCUGCUUUUAUGUUUGUCUUUAAGUGGAAUGGGAAAACAUGGUGUGUUGAUGCUUCGAGAGAAGACGGGUCAUUUGGACGACUUGUCAACGAUGAGCAUAGACAUCCAAACUGUAGGAUGAAGAAAAUUGAAGUGAACGGAAACCCCCACCUUUGUUUAUUUGCACUCAACAACAUUAAAGAAGGAGAGGAAAUUACAUAUGACUAUGGGGGUGAAGACUGCCCAUGGAGAACACAGAUGAGAGACACAGUUCUGGAAGAUUUGGGGACUGAUGAAUCCAUAUCAGAGAGUGCAGAUCAGAACGUAAAGUUCAAGUCCAAUCCUUUACAGUCAGACAACAAGAUUGAGGACAACACUCAUGAACAGAUGAGAGACACAGUUCUGGAAGAUUUGGGGACUGAUGAAUCCAUAUCAGAGAGUGCAGAUCAGAACGUAAAGUUCAAGUCCAAUCCUUUACAGUCAGACAACAAGAUUGAGGACAACACUCAUGAACAGAUGAGAGACACAGUUCUGGAAGAUUUGGGGACUGAUGAAUCCAUAUCAGAGAGUGCAGAUCAGAACGUAAAGUUCAAGUCCAAUCCUUUACAGUCAGACAACAAGAUUGAGGACAACACUCAUGAACAGAUGAGAGACACAGUUCUGGAAGAUUUGGGGACUGAUGAAUCCAUAUCAGAGAGUGCAGAUCAGAACGUAAAGUUCAAGUCCAAUCCUUUACAGUCAGACAACAAGAUUGAGGACAACACUCAUGAACAGAUGAGAGACACAGUUCUGGAAGAUUUGGGGACUGAUGAAUCCAUAUCAGAGAGUGCAGAUCAGAACGUAAAGUUCAAGUCCAAUCCUUUACAGUCAGACAACAAGAUUGAGGACAACACUCAUGAACAGAUGAGAGACACAGUUCUGGAAGAUUUGGGGACUGAUGAAUCCAUAUCAGAGAGUGCAGAUCAGAACGUAAAGUUCAAGUCCAAUCCUUUACAGUCAGACAACAAGAUUGAGGACAACACUCAUGAACAGUGCUCUUAUUAG